AUGGCGGGCUGGUGGCGGGAGCUCCUGCGCACCGUCCGGCGCUACCCUUGGCCCACGAACGUGCUGCUCUACGCCGCGCUCUUCUCAGCCGGCGACGCGCUGCAGCAGCGGCUGCGGGGCGGCCCUACCGACUGGCGGCAGACCCCGCACGUGGCCACCGUGGCCGUGGCCUUCCACGCGAACUUCAACUACGUGUGGCUGCGACUGCUGGAGCGCGCGCUGCCGGGGCGCGCGCCGCGCGCCGUCCUGGCCAAGGUGCUGUGCGACCAGGCGGUCGGCGGGCCGGUGUACGUCUCUGCCUUCUACUUCGGUAUGAGUAUUCUCCAGGAAAAGGAUGACAUAUUUUUGGACCUGAGACAGAAAUUCUGGAAUACAUAUAAGAGUGGUCUGAUGUACUGGCCUUUUAUACAGCUGACCAACUUCAGCCUCGUUCCUGUUCACUGGAGAACAGCUUACACUGGGCUCUGUGCUUUUCUGUGGGCCACUUUCCUCUGCUUUUCACAACAGGGUGGUGAUGGUACCUUGAAGUCAGCUUUUACUUUCCUUUGUAUAAAGGGAACAAAUGAAGUUGAAAGACCCCCAGAGAAAUGA